AAACGGGCAAGUUGGCAACGAAGCCCUAGUGCGCUUCGCCUAUUCACUAUAAAACAUAAACUCCUUUCUUUACCAUAGUAUUGGCUAGGGUUUUCGCGGCCGCAAGUUCCCGCAGCAGCCAUGGUGAAUGUUCCAAAAACCAAGAAGACCUAUUGCAAGAACAAGGCUUGUAAGAAGCACACCUUGCACAAGGUCACUCAAUACAAAAAGGGAAAGGAUAGUCUAUCAGUUCAAGGAAAGCGUCGUUAUGAUAGGAAGCAAUCUGGCUAUGGUGGACAGACUAAGCCUGUUUUCCACAAGAAGGCAAAAACCACCAAGAAGAUUGUUUUAAAACUGCAAUGCCAAAGCUGCAAGCAUUUUUCUCAGCACCCGAUCAAGCGGUGCAAGCAUUUUGAAAUUGGUGGUGACAAGAAGGGCAAGGGAACCUCUCUGUUUUAGAUGCAUUGCUCUACAUUUUCUUUGAACUUUUGGUACUUAAUGUAUUUCAUUUGCUUUUCUGAAAAUUUCAAGUAAUCUAAGUUUGUGCUUACUUUGUCUACUUGGAUCUGUGAUGUGUUUCAGUAUUUGGUAAGAUGAAUGUUUGAAGAUUUGUGCUGUGAAUUGUUAUUGAUGUUAUUUAGGUAGCAUUACAAUAAUUCUUUAUGUUAUGUACUUUUGUUUUCUA